AUGCUGUAUCCUCAUCAAUUGGGAUAUCCAGUCUGGAAUCCUGAUACGUCAACUGGCGAGGUGUUCGUGGGAGACGUGGGUUGGAUGGAAAAAGGGGGAUUCAAUUCGCUGUUCAACAUACUGUCUUCUGAAGAUGACCCAAUUCACUUCGAAAGGGGCGUCCCUCCGGAGUUUGAACCAUCGACCCUCAUUCAAGUGACAUCGCCGGAUCGAGCUGUAGCUACUCAUGCAGUGGACUCUGCCCCCGUCCGAUUCACGGCGCAAUUCAACGAAGACUUGAGAAGCCUCGGAUCAUGGUUUGAGAUGCGGGCUUCACAGCCUGCAAUUCAUUUCAAGUACAAACCUCGAGAAGGCCCCGGAGCGUUUCUGAUUUUCGAUGUCGACGCAAUGAACGAGAAGACACUCCAGAAACGGCAUGUGAUCAGUUAUAUGAGCAAGCACUUCCAUGAGUGGGUCGGGUUCGCCAACACGGUAGCUGGACGGACUCGUACGUUCAAGGAGGAAGACAUGAUGUUAAUAUCCGGAACAACGAAGGUCAGACAAUGGGCGCUCGGUGUUUGGACUCCGGAUAUGUGCGGAGAGCCGGCCGAGGGAGUACCCGACCUCCACGGGCAGUUUGAUACCACUUCGACCUCAGAUUCUAUUGUCAUGAUCAAUGGCAACAUCCUGCCUUCUACUCACUAUCACCAGGGGCCGAAACUCCGGGUAAUCGACUCCGACUCUCCAGAGUCCCGAUACCGCAGUCAAUCUGUUUUCUUGAACUACUACCGGAUUCGGCCGAGGAGACUUGAGCAAAGUGUUCCUCAAUUCUUACAGGCCGCGGCGGGUCCUCAUGAUCUGCCGCCCGGGGGAAAGGAUCCCGAAGUCGGAUCGGAAGAAGAGACAUACGACCCCGUAGCACACCUAGUCGAUUACAUACUCGACCACACGAAUGCGGGCGUCGCCAUUGCUUGUGACGCUGACAUCAUGCCCAUCUUGCCGGACUCCGGACUACCAGACAAUAUCCCUGAAUUUCUGAACCUUAUCGCACCACCGGUUCAAGUCGAUCAAGACGGAGUUGGGACUAUCGCCUGGGACGCCGCACUCAAUUCGUCGAGCGAUGCGAUUCUCAGUGCUCGUGCUCGCCUCCAGAAAUAUGUCUCCCUUCGUCACUCUCAAUCUCACGAUGACACGCCAAUGGGUUCAAUCAGGGUUGCACCUGAUACAUCCGAAGGACGUUGCCAGAGGGGCACCGGAACGCAUCCUGCACAACCACCUCUCUCACACGAUCAUUUACACCUCAACCACGCAUUCUACUCGAACAUAGUCGCGGGUAUCACUAUGAUCAAAUGCGGUCCAUGGUCGCCAAUUUUAUCUGGCUACGUCAAUGCGCUGCGUAUCAUUAAAUUUACCUUGCGCGCCUGGUUCGACUUGCGCUCCAGAGAAGGGAAGCGAGCACAGGAGGUGGCGAGCAAGGAAGAAGACAAAUUGACUCAGGACGGCGAGCAGAUAUGUGCUUUUCACAGGAGCUUGGGAGGUUCAGGUGGAAUCAAGACGGUUCUUGAUCAGGCUCCUGAGGUGAACGCGACGUAG